ACUAACUAUAGCUCUACAGCGUGCGAGGGACCGAAGACAACGUCUUAUCAACACAACCAUCCUUCAAGCCAUUUCCGGACUAGUCAUCACUCCGUGGUGGCCGUUGAAAGACCCCUCGGCCUAACCAGACAUGCGGUGACCGAGAGCACCACCCAGCAGCUUGUGUCCGCAAUGGACGCCUACCCGGAAGAUUAUGUUGCCCACAACCUCCCCUUCGUUUUGCUCUCCGGUCUUGAAGCUAGCUCCGACGAUGAUCUGCAGUGCGUGCGAGCUGAUUAUCCCCUCCUCCGAGAGAGGGGCGUGAAGAUAUACUCGGAUUUCCCGCCUCUGACCGGCUCAGUUGCGGAGGAAUUGCGGCGUGUACUUCUCGAGGAAAACGCUUUCCGUGCCCCGUGGGAUACUAGUGAGGAUGCACAUGCAUCUUCAUCCAGAAUUGAGUACAAAAUCAGAAGCAUUGGACGGUCCUACAGUCUCCCCCCGCGCAAAGCUGACCCCCCACCCGUAUCGCCCACGAGCCCGACGGCCGGACAAGACGAUGAGAUAUCGCGUGGAUCCUCCUUCAACCUUCAUUCUCCCAUCUCCCCACUUACACCAAGCUCGCCGACGUUUCCAGAUGGCCUGCUUAGCCAUCUAUGGGUCACUAAACACCAGGACCUUGUCCCUGCGGCAGUGAUCAAUUUCUUCCCCUUCUGCUUCGAUCCUAAUAUGAGCUCGCUGCGCGACAACCAACUCAAGAUAGAAAUAAAUGGAUUGAAGAAGGAAUGGGCCUCUUCUGGGUACAAAUCUCGAUUUAUAGUUGUUCUCUUGUCAGAAGAGAGCACGGGCAGCUAUGCUGGGGAUACGGAGGACAGGAUGGCUAGCAUUCGGAGGGCAACGAAUCUGGAUCAAAAGUCUAUAUUUCUCCUUCCGUCCGAUGCGACGCCAGUGGAAUUGAAGGAAUUCGCCACGUCCCUGUUGUCUCUACUCCAGCCAUCGGUGAUGGAAUACUACCGCGACCUAUCGAAGCACGCCAGGCGCAAACGAAAUCGAGGCACCAUCCCCCCGCCAACAGCACCACCAACAAGUGGGACGUCCCAGACCUUAUCGUCUCAAGGAUGGAAUGUUCGAUAUGAAUUCAAACUGGGUAUCUUUGCGGAAUUCCGCCAAGAGAUCGAUGCCGCGCUUCGGAACUAUGAAAGCGCAUACGAGACCCUAUUUGGUCAAGAGGUGUUCGAAUAUAUUGCUGGCUGGAAUCCUAGGUUCAAUGAUGCACGCCUUCUGGGGGAUGCAUUGGCUAUACGUAUCAUUCGCGGCUUGUUGAUGACGGGACAGACAACACCUGCUGUGCGGUUCUGGACUAGCCACCGGAAUCGUUCAAAAGAUAUCAUCGACCGGCGCGGAAAAGGCACCAAGAGUUAUGGCUGGGCAGCCUGGGAAGCUCGGUGGUCGAUGGUAAUGGCCCAGCUCAUUCGCCAAGCCAAUAUCCCCUACUUCACCUCCGUCGGCAUCCCCCAGGAUCAGUUCCAAGAGCAGUACUCAAUUUUCGUACCACGCGACAAAACGGUUUCCCCUUCGGAUGCAUAUCUUCCGUGGGAACAGCUUCAUCAUGAAGGUUAUUGGCUCUAUCGAGCGGCGCAGUAUACCAUGUACCGUCGAACCUUGGCGGAGCAGAUUCCAGAAGACGAUCGGAUACCACCGGGACAAUCUCCCGCGUCCCAGAUAGCCAAUAAGUCUUAUCUAUACGACACCUAUCUGGUACCUGAGCCACAUAUUGAAGCACCCCAGCCGGGGGCGGUCGGUUUCAACCACGCACUGUUAAGAUUAGAUGCCUUGAAAGCGGCACUCGAAGAGUUCUCGAAGAGAGACCAAAACCGGAAAGCGGAGAGCAUUAGCCUGGAGAUUGCAGAAGAAUAUAUGCGCCUAAGCUCAUGGCCGGAGGCUUACGAAAUCCUUCGACCACUCUGGUCGACUUUGUCAUGGCGACGUUCGGGCUGGUGGCCGCUCAUGCAAAGGUUUGGCUGGGCCCUAAGGGAAUGUGCCGUACGCGUGAGCGAUAGCGAUAUGGUCCUGCGCGUUGACUGGGAACUCCGACAUAAGGUGUUCCAACCGCGGCCCGACUGGAUGUAUGAUCUCCAUAAUAGUCUCGAGGACUUUCCUUUAGUGAGUCCCAAGCCAUCGGUGGUCCUGUGCGCAGAGGACAUCGUGCCCAGCGUCACCGCGUCUUUCGUCUUUCAAAGUUCCGAAGGAAAUGUCGGCGAGCCGUCUAAGGGCCAGCUUAUCAUCACUUCCUGUGCCCAGCCCUCAUCAAGCCCUCUCACAUUCUCCGAAGUGAAGGUAGUGUUUGAGGGUUGCCUGCGGCCAAUACGGCUUCAGUCUGAUCGCAACGUGGACGCCGAUACGGCUACACCCUGCACAAUAACUUCGCCAUUGCUACGUGACCCCAGUACGGCUGAAGACCCGGCAGCUUUGCAAUCACCCACGAGCGGAUUGACUGCUUUGACUGGGCUAGCAGACUUGACGUUUGGGCCUUCCCAGACUAAGGUAUACGAUAUUACAUGCAUUCCCAGAGAAGCCGGGGAGUCCCGUGUCGUGUCCAUAACAUUGACCGUCGAGGAAGAAAAAUUUGAUCUUACCAACGCGAUAACCGAGUUGACUCCAUAUGAGUCCUACUGGUGGCAGCAAACGUCCAAGGGCCCAAGCAGACGGCGCGUGGGCAAAGGCCGCGAUACGGGCCGUUGUAAGAUACUACCCAAACCACCAAAGAUACGGGUAGAGCUGCUGAACCUUCGAGAAACAUACUAUACGAAUGAGGAAAUAAUUCUCCGAGUAGGUGUCGACAACGAGGAAGAAGAGGCUGCAGAUGUUUCUGUUGAGACUAGACUUUUCGGCCGGCCGGAGUCCACGGCUAAGAUACGGUGGCUAGAUGAGGAGAAUUCCUCGGAGAUGCACGGGUCUGGGGAGAGUACUCCGACAGAAGGCAAUUCUCACCACCUGAAGCGACCGAUAGGGGUGAUGGAACGCUCAUCUCAUCAAGAACUAACGAUUGUGGUUACGGAUACCAACGAUGCUUUGGAUUAUGAGCUUGAAGUCUCUGCGCUCUACAACCUCGUCUCUGAUGUCCAGACGCCUAUCAUCGCGAGCAUGCGUGUUGGCCUAUCAAUUAUCAGGCCAUUCGAGGCCAAUUAUGAAUUCCUUCCACGCCUUCAUCCUCAACCCUGGCCGGACUUCUUCACUGUGGAUGACGAGUUACUUCCAAAUGGGGAUGAAGUCAAGCCCGGAGGUUUGCAGCAGAGAUGGUGUCUCAACUCCAAGGUCGUCUCUUUUGCUGUGGAGCCCCUGGUUGUCGAAAAACUGUCAUUAGUGUUGCUUGGACUGGGCGGCGCUGCCACCUGUCACAUUGGGUCGGAGGAGAUUAUCAGUCCUGAGGUGGCGGAGAUCCGUCCGGAGGAGCUUCGAGAAUCUAACUUCAUCAUGGACCUUCAGAAGGAAAUCUUGGGUGACCGCAGACCUACAACCUUAAACCUCGCCCUAGAGAUUCGCUGGAGGCGCAGUGCAACAGACGACGGCGCGCUGAACGACGGAUCCACAACCACCACGACCACGCUUGAUAUCCCUCGAUUCGUUAUGCCAGCAGGUGAGCCUCGGGUGGUCGCCUCAGCUAAGGCGUCUGAUACACUUUCGGGGUUGAUCCAUCUGGAUUACACCCUAGAGAACCCGUCGAUGCACUUCCUUACUUUCAACCUGAGCAUGGAAGCAAGUGAGAAUUUUGCGUUCAGCGGACCGAAGACGAUGGUCGUGCAGUUGGUGCCUUUAAGCAGACACACGGUCCGGUACAACUUGCUGGCAUCUAAACGAGGUCUGUGGAUCCAGCCGCAGCUCCUGGUAGUCGAUACAUAUUUUAACAAGACUCUGCGGGUGCUACCGACGGAAGACAUGCGGUCGGAUAAGAAAGGAAUCUUAGUCUGGGUUGAUGCCGACGAUUAAAGGGUGCGGCGAGGGUCAUGGAGAACUGUUUGUAUGUAGCGUGGAGCGUGGUAUGUAUGGGGAACUCGGGUUUAGAU